ACGCCCUCUACUUCUAGACGCUACGACAACAGGCACGCCCAUGUCGCCUGUUAUUUUGGACUAAUCUUUUGUUGAUUCUUAUGGUACUUGAUUUUUAGCGUCGUGUGGACAAAUAUUUUGAGGAUUUUUACCGUUAGUUAAGAUAGAUUUUAAGGUAAAAUGGCUUCAACUGGCAGUUCAGCGCGCACACCAAAAGAUGCUCAAGUCAUCAUUUCAAUGUUGUCGGAGGCAGGAGUAGCAGAAUACGAACCUCGGGUAGUGAACCAAUUGCUCGAAUUUACCUAUAGAUAUGUGACCAGCCUACUAGACGAAUCCAGGGUCUAUGCUCUGCAUGCGAAGAAAAAAGUAAUAGAUUUGGAUGAUGUUAAGCUUGCUAUCACCAUGCAAACUGAUAAAGUGAAUACAGCAGCUCCACCUAGAGACGUAUUGAUGGAAAUAGCAAAGAGCAGAAACAGCAACCCGCUUCCACCUGUAAAGCUGCAGAAUGGUCUUCGUCUACCCCCCGAUAGAUUCUGUCUGUCUUCUUGCAACUACAAACUCCAAAUAGCAAAGAAACCUGUUUCUAAAAUAAACUCAAGUCUCAUAUCAAAUCGGGGAGGAGUGCAGCAAAGGUCUAUGGGAUCAAAGUCCAGUAUGCCUUCCUCUGGAAUGACAAUGGUGUCUUCUCUGCAGCCAGCAACACCUCUGAAGACCAAAAUCAUCAGCCAACCCAAACCUGUCAUCAAGAUCUCAUCUUCUUCAGUUUAUCCGCCUACCACCAUGCCCAAGAUCCAGAUUGCAACCAGCACCCCUUCGACUCCUCAGUCUAUUGUGCCAGCCACAAUUGAUAGUUCAGCCAGCAAGCCCUCGGAGACUCCGGAGCCGAUGGACACAAAUUAAAUUUUGAAGCGUAGAAAAAGGAUUUAUUAUAUAUUAGUUAAUGUGGUUUUAAUGAACUAUUUUCCAGUGCAAAUAAAGUAUAACAUAGUGGAAAUUUUUCUUUCU